CACCAUUCGCAUUUUGAUUUAGCAAUUUGAGAAAUGUUUUUGUAUUGCAAAAAGUAAUCAAACACAAACAAUGAGCGACUUCGAUGUCCUGUGGGCGGAUGUGUUGAAGAUUUUUCCAGUCUUGGGUGGAGCGAAUGCGGUUUCCAGUGAUCCAGUUGAGGAGAAGGUAUUCGAAAAUGUGCGAAAGCAUCUGAAAAUGUUGGGAAGCAUAGAUACCUUCGCUGCCCUAGUUGAUCUGGAAAUCCAGUCGACUAUUAGAAAUGUCCUGGUGCCGAAGUUUUGGAAACACUUUCAUGCCGGCUUGGUCCCGGCGGAAUUGCAGAACGGGAUUGAUGAUCAAGCUCUGGCCAUAGAAGCACUGCCCGAUAAGAACCGACUUUUCACCCAGUUCAUAGAUGCCAUCAACGAACUGCACGAUGGUUUCCUGAGCCUGAUGCAGGUUAAACCCAGGUUGAUCCAGCUCAUUGGAACUGAGGGAAAACCCGUCCCGAAUUCGGUAAAGUUAAUGCAGGAGGAUGGGAUCAGGAACAGCUUAAGGGACUCCUUGCUGGCUCAACUGCCUCCCACUUUUAGUGUUGUAGUCGGGGCCUUCUAUUGGGUGCACUUCAAGCUCUUCACCAAAGCCUCAAAUCUUGCCCUGGCCACAGUGGACUCAGAUGUGUUCGAUGAGCUCCUGUGCGUCGGGUGCAACUUCGAUGUGGAGCAGUGCUGCUGCCAGAGGUUGACGGAAAUGGUCAACAAGACCAAUAUGAAGCUAUUCGAGAUGAACCUGAUAGAUCGUCUAACUGGGAGUGCCUUAACAGCACUUAUUAAGCUUAAAAUCAAGGAGCAUAUUAACGACACUUGCAUGGGCAUUUUCGAUAGGAGUCACCUUAAGCAGCUUGAAACCUGGCUGUCGGAUGUCAUAAUGUCCUGGCUAACAAACAUAUUCACAGAAUGGAAAUCCAAAGAUAGUAUUAGCGAUGCGGAAGUUCCCGAGUCUGUCAAAUCCUUUAAAGUCAAACUAACUUACUUUAUGUACGAAACAUUUGCUCAGAGCGUUAUUGGCCAAUUCUUCAGCAUUAUUAUUGACUAUCCGGAUUCAAUUCCGGCUAUAGAUGACUUGAAGAUUUGCAUGGAGAAAAUUGAUAUGCGAGUCUACCUGACUGAAUCUCUUAGAAGCUCGCUGGAAGCAAGGAUUCUGCAUCCUGGAGUCAACACCAUGGAUAUACUAACCGGUUAUGUGGCAGCGAUUAAAGCUAUUCGUCAUUUGGACAAUACAGGAGUUAUCUUGGAAAUGGUAACGGCUCCCAUUAAGGACUACCUACGGAAGCGAAACGACACUGUGCGACGUGUAGUGACGGGGCUCACUGAAGAGGGACCCACUGACUUAUCCGAGGAACUCGCCAAGGGAGAGUCCAUUAAGGAGGGCAAGGACUCUGCCACCGAUGAGUUCAGCAACUGGGAAAAUUGGGAACCAGAUCCGUUUGGAAUAGAUGCCAGUAUCAUGCAGUACAACAGCUCGCGGAAGAUGAGGUCGGCGGACAUUAUAUCAAUGGUGGUUGAUAUAUACGGAAGUAAGGAGCUGUUUAUGACGGAGUAUCGCAAUCUGAUGGCAGAUAGACUGCUGGCUCAGCUAGAUUUUAAUUCCGAAAAGGAAAUUCGAAAUCUAGAACUGCUGAAGAUACGCUUCGGGGAAUCUCUAUUACACAGCUGCGAGGUGAUGUUGAAAGACGUUACCGACUCGAAAAGAAUCAAUGCGCACAUCCAUAGCGAUAGCAACCGUACUGAAAACCAGCUAUUUGACAUCUCCUCACUGAUUGUCUCUGCACAGUUUUGGCCGUCAUUCAAUAAGGAAAGUCUCCAACUGCCUGAGGAGAUCGAAAAUGAGUUCAAGAAGUACACGAAGGCCUAUGAGGCUUACAAAGGAAACCGUACGCUCAACUGGCGUACUGUGACUGGUCGUGUAAAUAUUGAAAUCGAGAUCGGGGACCGAACCAUGGAAAUGGUUGUGAGCCCCACAUUGGCGGUCAUCAUAUACCAUUUCCAAAACAAGAAUGAAUGGACUAUCGAGGACCUGAGUUCAAUUACAAAGGUUCCACCCUCCGCUCUGCGACGGCGUCUUAGUUUUUGGCAAAAUCACGGGUUGAUUUCGGAAACAACACCAGGAAUAUUUACACUGUUGGAAAAGGAGUCGGAGAAAUCCCAGUUCGAAGAUAUGAGUCUCGCAGAAGCCGACGAAGAGGAUUUGGAAUCGGCCAUGGCUUCAGCAAGUGAUCAAAGGGAAGAAGAACUUCAAGUUUUCUGGUCCUAUAUUGUUGGCAUGCUCACAAACUUGGACUCCAUGCCAAUAGACCGUAUCCAUCAGAUGCUGAAAUUGUUUGCCUCUCACAGUGGUGGAGUGGAGUUUACUCAGGACGAGCUAAAGCACUUUUUGCAGCGCAAAGUCAGAGAGCACAAGCUGAUAUUUUCGGGUGGAGUUUAUCAAUUGGCGAAAUAAAUUCGGAAGAUUAUCAAUAUUAAGUUGCAAACGACUGAAGAAAUCAUGAAAUAAAUAAAUGAUUAAACAUGA